AUGUUUUUUGUUAGGUUCUGGAAAAGUAUGACAAUCGACCAAUGACCUUCAAGGAAAUUCUGAUUGACAUUCAGAAGAACAAUUACAAGGACAUAAGGGGAACUGAGCCAUUUGCUUGUCUGAAUGCUAUGUUGCAUUUGGGGUGUCGUGGUAAAGAAAGUCCAUUCUACAAAGUGUCAGGGCUUCAUGGUAUAUAUGGAUUACGGAAAAUGCUGCCCUCAGGUGUGGAUGAUUUACUGGAGACAUUAAAUGAGGAAACAGAACCAACGUACGAUGGUACUGAUGAUCCUAUUCGCCCUUUACCAAUAAAGAAAAGACCUGUGUACAUUCUACCGGUAAGUGCCCACAGUUACAUACCCUCAUUAGGGAGAUUCAAGAACCAGCAACCAGGUAGCCCAACUGCAAAGGCAGCUGUGAAGAGGUCUGGCAAAGAGCACAGCCAUCGGCCAUGGAAGAGCUCCAUCAGAAGACCACAUCGGCGCCCUCCUAACAUAAUACCAAGGAUUAUCCUGAAACCAUUAAAGCCCCCACCUGGUUAUCAGGAUAAAGAUAGUGCAGUAGGAGCAUCAGAAGUCAGGACAAGUCAGAGGUUGUCCAAAAGGAAAGACCUUGAUGGUGUGGUGAAGUCCUUUCCUGAUGGCACGCUGACAAGCAGUCCUCCUCGCUGGCAGACAGUCCAGGAAAUCCUAGCCUCUGUUCCAGGAUACUCUGGGAAGUCUCGUAAAAAGAUGAACAAGAGGGCCGGUGGCUGCAUUGAUCUUGAAACACCAGACUCCAUUCUAGCAAAUACAAAUUUAAGGGCCCUCAUUAACAAGCAUACCUUUGCCAGCUUGCCACCUCAUUAUCAGCACAAGUUAAUAUCACUUCUUCCUGAACCCGAUAGGUACAGAGGCUCAGAUAAUGUGUUAAGGAUAUCAUCAUCAGCAAUGAGUAAUGAAUUCUUUGCAAGGGCCUGCACCAGUUGGCGUGAGAGCUUAUCAGAGGGCGAGUUCACACCAGAGGCACAGUUAAAAAUUAAACAGGAAUUGGAAAAGGAAAAGGUUAAGCUAGAUCCAUGGAAGUUAAAACAUUUUGAACCUGUCUGGGGUCAAAGUACCAUACCGAAAAACCCAGAUACAAACUAUUCUGUGGAACCUGCAACUACUACAACUACAAAAGUAUCACCAGUGAAAGUUAUUGAAAAACAGACAACUGUCCCCAGUAGUGGAAAACCAGCAAUGGCAGCUCUGGCAAGUCUCCGGAGUCCUGUUGUAACACGUUCAGUCACUGCAACGUACAGACCUACUAAUGCAUCGCAAAUAAAAAUUGAGACAUCUAAUAAAUAUACAGAAAAUAUGAUACACAAAGUAAAAAGCGAUAUUAAAACUGUUCCGAGUGUGAAUGUGCCGAUUGUUAUGUCCAACACGGAGACAACCAAAGUUGAAGCUGAUCUAGAGGUUGCAAAUAUUAUCCCCGAGCCAGGCACUCCUUCCUCAUCUCCAUCUCCUUCACCCUCACCAGCUAACACCUCACAGUUCACAUGUAGUAGUCUCCUAUCCAGUAUGGCAGCUGAAAGUCAGAGAAAUAAACAUUCUGCAGGUGAGACUAGUACCACCGCAUCUUGUAAAUCUGUAUCUAAAUUAGCUGAAAUGCUUAAAAAACCUUCGCAAGUUGUGUCAUCGGACAAAUCUAAUAAACGUCCUGCCACAGAGAAUCAAGGAGCACCGGAGAAACGUAUACGAAAAAAUGAAAGUGAAGUAAAGCAUCAGCCACGAAUUAUACUGAAGUUUACCAAAGGAAAAUCAUCACCACAUGUUCGUAUGCAAACAGAAUUAAAACCAGUGAAAACCACUGUACAAGUGAAACACCAGUUGCCAAGGGUGAAAGGCCAAACAAAGACUCUAGCUCAAAUUAAAGCUCAAAACCAAACCAAAGCAAAAUUCCAAGCACGUAGGCCCGGUACUAAUAAAAUGAAGACCCCUUACUACAUGAACUCAUUCGUCCCUACAAACGCAACUGCUGUCGUGUCGCAGACACAUUCUCAAGGUUCGACUCACAGUGUACCGCAAACCUCAAUUACUCUUACUGCCCCCUUACAAUCAGUUUCCCAGUUUAUUGUUCGUCCUGUGAGUGUUGUCCUCAUGGGUAAACCGCAGAUGCAGUUGAUAUCCACACAAGCACAAAGUCUGUCUGAAAAUGUGAAUCCAUCUGGCACCAUGCCAAGUAGUAUCAUGACCCCAGGCAAACAGGUCAUUAUCCUGCAGACUACUACGCCUUCUGUAACUGUACCAAAUACUCAGUCUGUUGUAACAAGCAGCACACCCCUAUCACCAAAUGGAAGAGUCCAUGUUGUUGAAAGCGAAAAAUCAGUUGAGAAUAAAGAACCAAACACUGCACCUAAUACACAAUUAAUAAAUACACCGAUUAAACCAAGUCAGGACAGGACAAUAAACGGGACGGCACUCUCGCUUUGUGUGACACAGCCAUCUCAAAAUGUUGUCUUAGAAAAUCACAAUCCAAAUUCACUUCUUCCAGCUGGACUUGUUAGUGGAAACAAAGGAACAGUCUCACCAUUCAAAGCAGACAACUUAAAUGCAACGACAAAAUGUACGUGUCGGGUUAAAGCAAUGAUUCUAUGCCAGGGCUGUGGGGCCUUCUGUCAUGACGAUUGUAUAGGACCGACAAAGCUCUGUGUUACUUGUCUUAUACGAUGAUACUGAAAAAAUAUUAUGAAAAACAGUAAAAUAUUUCUGCUUAUAUAGGUAAUAGACAUUGUAUUUUAUGUGUAAGGUGUGGACAGAGAUAGUGUUGUUAGUGUUAAGUACUUAUCUUACCAUUUUAUGACCUGGCUAUGAUAUUCAAAUAAUAGUACCAGUGGUUGUGAAGGGUUAAAAUGGGUCAAAAUUAAACUGAAGCUAAAAUGUGCUAAAAGUUAAGCCCUGCAUGCAUAAUUUAUGUAACAGUGAAUACAGUAAAAUGGUGAGACACUGCAAUAUCUGCCAUCUGCAGUCUUACCUAACUGUAUUAAUUUCAGCUGUUGUAGUUUUUUUAUUUGCAUCCCUUACAAAAUAUAUGUUUCUUGUCUGCUGCAUUUAAUUGGUUGGUAAGUCUGGGUUAAGUGUUUUGGUAGUUGUGAUGGUUAAAAGGUAAAAUGGAGUGGGAAAAAAUGGUUUAAAAAAAAGUAAUUAUGAGGCCUAGAGAAUGGACUCCUUUCUAAAAAUUGUAUGGAAGGCUAGUAUUCUUAAAGAACUUGCAUUAAUUGUUAGAGUUAUUUAUUUAUCAGUUCUUGUUUACAGUAUGGAUGUUUAGGUUUACACCUCCCUGCCUUUAGAGAGUGUAAUUUGCAUAUGUUUUUUUUUUGUUUUUUUGACAAAUUGUAAAUACAUGAACUAUGACAAAGAGCCACAUCAAAAAUAAUAUACCUUAUUACUGUACUAAGUUUAAUCAAUAUUGGUACACUUUAUUUAUUUAUUUUUUUGGAAUGUUCAUAUUGCUCCCAUAUAGAUAUUAGCAAAAGCUGACCCAAUAGUAUUUUUUAUUUGUGUGUUACAUGAUUUUUGUUUUGCUUUGUAAAAAUAAAUUUGAUAUAAACAUCCUAGUA